AUGGAAGACACAUCAUCGAUGGUGAUGGACAAAACAGCAUUUGCUGCCUAUCGUGCAUUACGACAAGUUGCAGACGAAUAUAAAAUAAAUGUCGAUCCGCCGCGAAUCGUUUUUGUUGGUGAAACAUCGACAGGCAAAUCAAUGUUGGUGCAAAAUUUUCUCGGUUUUCCUUGCACAUUUACUAAUGCAGGUGUAGCCACUCGAUGUCCUGUUGCCUAUCAAUUGCGUUAUAAUCCAAAUGCGAAAGUUCGACAUGUUAUCAAACCUGAAGGCAUUGAAAUAGAAGAACUUGCCAAACAUAUUGGAUUACAUAUGAAACGUAUUGAGAAAGAAUCUCAAUUUUCACUUGAGCCUUAUUACGUUGAAAUUGAAAGCAAUAGUUAUCCAGAUUUAGAAAUUUUGGAUGUGCCAGGUCUUGUUGCAGGCAAAGGAGAUGCUAACGUACGAGAUGCGGUAGAAAGAAUGAGUUUUAGUCCUCUUAACAUUGGUAUUUAUACAAGAUCAUCUUAUGAGCGAUGGACCUGA